CGGGCAAUACCUUCUUCGAAUGGACAGCACAGGAGGUCACUAGUCAAACAACGCCUGUAGUGUUACGUGGACAAUCGAUCAACGUCAUUUAACAUUGAUACAUGAUGUUGUAAGACACUUGUCAUUCAGGAUUUGAUCUUUCUAAAGAUUUUAAAUCAUAAAAUAUAAAAUCUUUCUUUAAUGAAAAUGAGGUGUGUCGCAUAAUUGAUGUAUUUCAUGUCGCAUAAUUGGUGUAUUUCAUGUAUAUUCCUUGUUCGGUGUAACUGAAUACAUAAUAUCUGUCUUCAUGAAGAAAUGCAUAAAUGGGCAUCAUAUGUCGUCGUCAAAUUAGACGAAAAAAAUGCACCAAGUUAUUGCCCAUGGCUGGGUUCACUAAUUAGUUAUGUCUAUGAUCUCUGAAUGAAAACUCGAGUUGAAAAUGUUGCCAUUCUCUGCUAGGUAUCGUAAAGUUUGUUUGGAACCAGACUCUGAAAUAUCUACAGACAUGGCAACUCCAAUAAAACACUCAGGAUUCCGCUUCAAAGGCAUCCCAAUAAAGGCCAGAUGUUUUGUGAUAAUUCUUGCACUUUUAGCCCUUUACUUAUUUGUUACCAUAUACUUCACUCUGAAAGAAAAUCGUCUGACAAAAGAAGAGUUUUUAGACGUCUACAAAUGCCCGGCAUGUUAUGGCCACAGUUUUUGCUUCGCGCUGUUUGAUGACCAGUUCAGUCUCCAAGGGGUCUCGAGAUACUCCGUACUAGAUGUGAUGAACGUGAAGAACGUACACUUUGCCUACCACAAGGAAGGUCUGCAUCAGGUCGUGUUAAAGAAGCUGGCACAUGUAGAUGAACUGCAGAAGGUGGAUGAUGAAAUCUGCAAGGACUCUGUUAGAGAGCCUGGUUGUGAUGUGGCCAAGCGGAUGGUUGUUUCAAAGACUGCACAGGACAUCGGCCUGAACGGCCUGCUGCCGGGACAUCUCAAGGACACGACCUUCAUGUUCCUCUGUGUCACACACAAGCUCAUCGAUAGGGUCCUGGAGCGGUACAAAGAACGAUCACGGCCCGGAGUGACACGAAUGGAUGACUACCUGCAGAUUCUCUACACUGCUAGAGUCAAUCCUGAACCUCUUAUGCUUCAGACAUUCCCUGCCUCAGAAGGCUGGCCAUUCCCAGAGUACCUUGGUGCAUGUGGUAGAUACAUAGUGCAAGAAUACAACGGGAAAUCCCUCGCAGACUUUGUCAAUGCUCCAUUCCAGAAAAGGGCAGACCUGGCUUAUCAGAUGAUGAAGAUGGCAGACCGGUUGACGUCAGACCCCGACUGGAAUCUCUACUGGACCGACCUCGUGUACAACAACUUUGCUGUGGAUGAAGCAGGAAAACUUACGUACAUUGAUGCUGAGAAUAUUGUUGUGGUUGAUAAACAGGCGACAAAAAUCAGCAAUCCAAAAAGCUGGGAUGAUCUGGCCGAAUCUGAGUACAUCCAAUGUGAUGAAAACCGUGGUAACGACUGUCUGACCUUUGACACCAACCAGCUGUGUACGCACCAUAUGGCCGACCACAACUACUUUGCGGUGUGUCGCAACGUGCUGUCUUCCUACGCUGAUAACAGACCAACUGGGGGCUCGGCGCACCUUUUACAUGACAUUCCUGAUAAAAUUAAGCAUGACUGGGACCUGGAGAUCCUGCUGAACGAGUGUGUGAGGCCACACUACCCCCAGGGACGCUACAAGGUUGCACACAAACUCAUGCAGGCCCUAGAACACAUACGAGACAGCAAGAAACCUCUAUAAUGCACUGUUGUAACAGCAAAAAAUGGUUGUUUUUUUAUGAUGUUAUUUUUCAGGGCUAUAUCUCAGAUACCAUAAAAGAUUUUAAUAUGAAACUUAAUAGGUGUAAAGGUGUCAAUGAAUAGAAGUGCCAUGCACAAGAACCAUAACCUUAUACUUUCUUAAAUAAGAAUUAUUGCUCUGUAUUGUUUUCGUUUAACAUAUCUUUUUAUUUUAGAACUGCUUUCGCAGGUUUGAUUCAACAUUCAGUUGAUUGAUGAAUAAUUCUAUGUGUAGUCGAGUUUUGCGUUGCAAGCUUGGAAAGUUCACCCAUGCAUAAACUGAAUUUAUUUGGAUGGGGAUAUCAACUUAUUGAAUUUGCUUGUUUAUGAAUAUUUGUCUGUGAACAGCUUAAACCUACAUAUGACACCAUUGUAACAGAAAAAACCUCCAAAAUGCACUAUAAUAACAGGAAAAAUAUAUAUUGCACUGAGGAAAAAACUCAAUAGUAAAAUGUUUUAACAGGAAAAAAAUCCAUAGUGCUCUAUUGGAACAAUAAAAAUCCUCAAUAGUGCAACGUUUUAACAGGAAAAAAUCCAUAGUGCUCUGUACAAUAAAAAUCCUCAAAAAUGCAACUUUGUAACAGGAAAAAUCUCCAUAGCUCACUCUUGCAACAAUAAAAAACCUCAGUUGUGCAAUGUUGUAACAGGAAAAAUCUCCGUAGUGCAACAAGGAAAAUCUUAAUAGUGCAAUUGUGAAAUGGAAAAAUCUCAGUAGUGGAACGUUGUAACAGAAAAAUUAUUCACAGUGAAAUGUUGUAACAGGAAAAAUCCGCAUAAUGCAACUGUACGUGUCUGUUGGAACAGAUAAAACUACAUCAUACACGGUUGUAACAGAAAAACCUACUUAGUGCACUGUUGAAACUGGAAAAAACUACAUAGUUCACUGUUAUAACAGGAAAAACCUACACACGGUGUAGUGCACUGUUGUAACAAGAAAAACUUCCAAAGUGCACUGUUGUAACAGGAAAACCCUUCAUAAUGCAUUGCUGUAACAGGAAAAAUCUACUUAGUGCAGAUUUGUGGCAGGAAAAAACACACGCAAUGUUCAUUGUCUGUUCAGAGCGUUUGUGUCAUAUUUUGAAAUGGAGGAAACUUUUAAAGUGCAAUUGAAAUGUGCGUCCUGUUUAGAAUAUAUAUAUAUAUAUAUAUAUAUAUAUAUAUAUAUAUAUAUAUUUAAACUUGAUAAUACAUUUAUAUCAUGCCUACACUAUAUGAAAAUAGAUAAAAAUUGUACUUAAUUUGUGGUUGGACAAAAAUAUGAUUGUGCCUUAUGGGAGUGGUUAGUAUUUGAUGUGUUUUUUCUUUGAUCGUGACAAGAAACUUAAAUAGAGACAAUUAUGUUUUUUUUCUUUAGUGCAGAGAUGUUGAAGGAAAAAAGCUACUGUGGAAACCCUUUUAAUUGAAUCCACUUCAAACCGGACAAUUGUUCUAGUCCCAUAUGCUAUUCACUGUAUAUUUUUAUUCUAAAAAUCUCCCCAGUAUCGGAAUCCAAUGCAUUCCAAACACAGUACUAUAACCAAUCAAAACAGUUCUGGUAAAAUUGUUUUACACCAUCAUCAUAGUGUCGAAAGGGUUUGUACUAUGGAUUUAAGUGUCGUAAAAUUAGUAAACACACUUGAAAAAUAAUCACAUUGUAUCAAUAGCAUGUCAUUACGUGAUCAUUAUGUCAUUAUUCAGAGGCAGAUAUCACAUGAUAGUCAAGAUGGCAACCACUAUGCAGAGACAGGUGUUUUUCGCCGUUUUGUACCCUUAAUUACUGUUAUUAACUUUUAAAAUGCCGCUUACUUGCCAGCCAUAUCAGCAUGAAAGUUAUUAAGCGUUUAUUUUGUAUUAAUAUUUGCUCUAUAUCUUGACUUUACUGGCUACGAAAUUUCAUAGCAGGAUCACAAAUUUAAAGCUACUGCUAAGGAAAUGUGUAGCAAGUACAGUCCUGAUAUAAAGCGAAUAUUGAUAUGAAUAUAACACAAAUCACUUUCUUACUGAUAUGGCUGGAAAGUGAGCUGCAUUUAAAAAUUCAGCAAAAGUAAUAAGGGUGUAAAGGCAGCGAAACAUACCCGUCUUGGAACGGCUGUUGCUGUCUUGACUUUCUUUUGAUCGUAACCUGAUUCCCCCCUCUGUUAUGCAAUUGCAUUUCAAUAGUUAGAAAUACAGGGACUCAUGAGACAAUUUGCAAAAUACUUCCCCUCAAAACCGUAAUUCCGGGCCUCUAAACAAGACUUUUAUCGUGGUCCCUAACACGUUGGGUUAAGAGGGUUUCCAUUGGUCACGGAAUGUAUUCAGUCAUCUCUUGUUUAGAAAAAAAACCUACAGAACUGUUGCUUUGCAGGAGACAUACUUGUGAUGUGCUAGAGUUUAGUAAAACCCUCUUUUAUGGUGGUACUCACAGGACUAUGAUAAUAUGCAUGAAAUUACAUUUGGAACUUAACCCUUUACCACUUAGAUACGUAUUUUGAAGCAUUUAUAGAAAGUUACAUUUAAUUAAAGACCUUUCUUACUUGAUUCAAGUUGUAAAAGCUUCAUUUCCAAACCUUAGAUAAUAGAUACUGAUUAGUUGCAAACAGCAUACAACCUGAACAGACUGCAAGUUACUCGCAGGCUGUUCUUGUUUUAUGCUGUUGGCAUAUAGUCAUUUUCACUUUGCUUCUAAGUGGGAAAGGAUUCAAAUGGUACAGGGUUGUUUGUAUCAUGGAUACAAUGUUUUUUUCUAAAGAUUUGGAGAUCUUGAUAACAACUGUUGAAUGAUGGAUUAAAAAUUACUAUCUAGUGAAUGCAUUUUAUAUUCAUCAUUUAUAUGAAUUAUUACAUCUACGUGGCAGCAGACUUAUAUAUAAAUAUAUUAAUUUUUUAUAUAUAUUUUGGUAAAAUAUAAAUAUGGCUUAUAUAUUGUAAUGCUUUAUGCUUUAUAAUAAGCAUACCAAGAUCAAGCCAUUGUUCUUAGACUUAAGAAUGCAAAUGAGAUUUAGGACCAAGACAAAUAUGUUCAGUGGGUUUAAUAUACUGACUACAAAGGUUGCUUAUGUCAAUGAAUUGUUCUAAAUGAAGAAUUGUGUAGUUAGAGCUGUUAACGUCAGUGGCAUAUUGACUUGUAUUAUACCAUUCGACAAUUGCAGUUUAAAAGUUUAAGAAUUUGUUUGUGAAUUUACUUUGUUUAUUUUAGGCAUUCCUUAAACCAGGUGACUGUUUCAAUUAGCUCUCACAAGUUGACUUGUAACUUUGUAAGCAUGCUCAAAUAAAUUCAUCAAUUUAUUUUGAAUCAUAGAUUACUUAUGAGGGUUUUUGAAAUUGUCUUCUUAGCUUCUUUAAUGUUUCAGUUUGUUAGAGAUUUCAUAAUAGACAUUCCUUUUAUUUAAAAAUUAUUUAUUUAAAAGGUUGUUGUGAGCAGAGGAUAUGUUAUUAUUUACAUAUUGGUAAUAUUGUAAUUUCUGUCACGUUAUGUUAUACUAUACUGGUAGUUAUGAUGUAUACAAGUGUUCAAAGCAUGCCUUUAUAUUUAAGUAAUGUGAGCUUGAAUAUUAUUGUACAUUUACUGUUAAUAAUGAUGUUUAUGAGGAUGUGGAUUUUUUUCCGUAAGUAAAGAUACUGCUGAUUGAAAAUGCUCUUGGAAUUUAAACUGAAGGUUGCAUGUGUGUGAAGUGUCUUCCUAGAUCAGCCUUUGCAGUCUGCACAGACACAUCCCGCCCUUUGCAGUCUGCACAGACACAUCCCGCCCUUUGCAGUCUGCACAGACACAUCCCGCCCUUUGCAGUCUGCACAGACACAUCCCGCCCUUUGCAGUCUGCACAGACACAUCCCGCCCUUUGCAGUCUGCACAGACACAUCCCGCCCUUUGCAGUCUGCACAGACACAUCCCGCCCUUUGCAGUCUGCACAGACACAUCCCGCCCUUUGCAGUCUGCACAGACACAUCCCGCCCUUUGCAGUCUGCACAGGCUGAUCAGGGAAGACACUUCCCGCCCAAAAAACUGAUUUGUUGUGAAGAGGGUUCUUCCUUUAAAGUAAAAAAUUCCAUAAAAGCGAAAAGUUUUUGUCCUUAAUUAGCCUGUGCUGACUGGACAGGCUAAUCUGGGAGUACGCUUUAAACACAUGCAUUAUAUCUUGUUUUUACAUAGGCUCAAAUGUAUGAACCUGUUUGUAUGUGUAUGAUAAAUUGUGACCUGAAAAUGAUACAAUCUAAUAUGAAUUAAUUACGUUGUACAAAAUUGAAAAUGCAAUAAUACUAUUACAAUAAAUUU